GGGUUCUCUCUUCCAAUUGAACUUUAGCCUUUUGGGAUUUCUUCUAGAUGGAUAAAGUUUCCAACUUCCUUCUAAGAAUAUGAUCUUAUCUAUUGAGAAGUUCCUGUUUCUUUCAUCAAUUUUCUUCCUUGCUGAUGGGUUUUCCUUUUUGGUAUUUGUUUUACAGAUCUGAUAUCGGGGCAUUAACGUUUUUCCGUUUAAGUCAUGGCUCUAGUCUUGCAUGCUGGGGAGACAAAUAAAAACGCGUUAGAAACAGUGAUUGCUACAGAGUGCAGUGGGUUAUAGGUCAAAUUUGUUGACAAUUUUGAGACGGGUGUCUCAAAUAAAACACUUGAAUUUCUUAAGAUGAAUUCUAUUGGCAAGGUUUGUAGACUCGUAUCUGGCAUUGUUAAGGCUAAAUUAAAAGCUUUUCCGUAUUUUAUUUAUUUAAAAAAACUCUUAUUCUUCUAUGUUCCUGUGUUGGAAACACCUGAUGGUCUUGUAUUUGAGAGCAAUGCGAUAGCCUGUUAUGGUUAUCAAACACCAAACACCAGCUUUUUCUCUGUUUGGAGCCUUCUUAGGAUCGUCUUAGGAUCGUCUUGAGACUUAUUUGGACCUAAUGCCAUGGUUACUCUCUUGAAGAAUGACAAGCUGCUAUUGGCCUCUCCCUCUUUGAUUAUACCAAGAAUGGGGUGUGAUGUAUACCUUCCUCCUGCUGAGGAAGCUGCAAUUGCCACCCUAAAAAGAGCAUUAGGUGCCUUAAACACUCACCUUGGAUUCACUCAGCUUAUGACUAAGAGCUUUACCUUAGAAUUUCCUUAUGUUGGGAGGUACUUCUGGACCAUGCCUAAGGAGGCUAAACCUAAGGCUAAGGAUGAACCAAAGAAAGAAGCCAAGAGAGAAGUCCCGAAAGAGCAGGCUGAGGAAGCUGCAAUUGCCACCCUGAAAAGAGCAUUAGGUUCCUUAAACACUCACCUUGGAUUCACUCAGCUUAUGACUAAGAGCUUUACCUUAGAAUUUCCUUAUGUUGUGAGGUACUUCUGGACCAUGGUAAAUCAAUCAAAUUUCAAAAAGAUACUAGGUGAGGUGAAGCAGACUGAAUCAGUGAAGCAGACUGAAUCAGUGCUACCUAUUCAGUUUGCAAAAAAGCCUGCACAGCCUAAGGAGGCUAAACCUAAGGCUAAGGAUGAACCAAAGAAAGAAGCCAAGAGAGAAGUCCAGAAAGAGCAGGUAAAGGGUGUAGAGGAGGAGGAAGAGGCACCAAAGCCUAAACCCAAUUCCUCCGAGUAAGAUGAUUUUGGAUGACUAGAAGAAGCUCUACUCAAAUACCAAGACCAAUUUUCAUGAGGUUGCAAUUGAAGGCUGUUGGGAUAUAUAUGAUCGUUAGCGACACUCGCCCUGCUUUUGUUAUUACAAGUACAAUGAUAAGAAUACAGUCUCGUUUGUUACUAUGAACAAGGUAAGUUGGAUUCCUUCAAAGGAUAAAUUUGGCAUGCAAGUAUGCUUUUGGAAAGAUGUCGAUGACUAGUUCGAAUACCAUUCAAGGUGAAGGGAUUGUGGCUUUCACAUGGGCAAGAAGAAGAAAUUCCACAAUUUGUCAUCAAUGAGUGCUGUGACAUGGAACUGUUACGAUCACAGGCCAUAUGAUGGAUAGCCUCUUCUUAAUGCCAAAUGCUUCAAGUUAUGUUCCCCAUUUCUAAGGGUUUUCAUUUUGGCUUGCUCAUUUUCUGGUUAUAACAUCUAGUUUCUC